UCAGAAACACACUCUUCAAACUGUCCUCUUCAGGAGCUGGGGUCCUCUGGAGUCUCUCCGCCGGUGUUAAGUGCUCAUUGUCCGGGUUAACAUCGACUCAGGAGCCGGUGAGCGUACAGACAGUGGACAGGUAAGAGCUGAGCCCGUGUGAACUGAGCCAAGUCUCAUUAUCGAUCCGCUAUCAGCUGCUGCAAACACUCCUUCACUGUUGGUCCUCUCCAGUGUGGGAAAAGCAUGAAUGUUAAACAGGGAAAUGUGUCUUUAUUUUUGUCAUAGAAUGUUGUAUUUUCAGAGAACCCAUCAGUCUUGUGUCCAUUUGAAGUCAGGGUUUGACUGUUUGAGCUUCAUUGGACUUUCCAGAAGCUGGUAACCUUUAACUUAAAAUGGAAAAUGUUUCGGUUUUGAAAGUGGAGGUAUAUUUCCUUGACAUUGAGCAGUGAGUGAAUAAUAUGUGUGUUAUUAUUCAUAUACCCUUAAUUAGGUGAUUUGAUUUUGAAACAUGUCAUAUUUUUGCUCUUAAAUAGAAUUUAUCAGUGCGUGUCAAUACAAAGUAGAACUUCCAACAGUCUUGCAAAAGUACAAGAUGCUUUGUAGAUGUUUGGGUGAACCUUUUAAUGGUUCCCAAAGCAGUUGUGGCACUUUGAGGAUAACACAGGGGUCCUUGAAGAGGUUAUUUGGGUUCAUGGAGAUUACUAAGAGGUGCAAGUUGAAGUCAUGAGUGACCUUGAAGAACUUGUUGGCAUUCUUAAGGAGAUGCUGGAGAGUUUUGAAGAGCCUGAAAGACACUUAGGUUCCUGAGGACCUGGCGAGCACUUCCAAAGAGAGAUCCCAGAUGAGGUCAAAAAGUUUGUAUACUGAGAGGUUUCUCUUAUAACUCUGAGGUGUCCUGGAGGCUGAUUAGGAAUAUUCAGCAAUAUUCAUUAAUGAAGAGUUUGGAUUGGUUCUUGAGAAAGUUUGAAGGACAUUUGGAGAUGUUUGAGGGAUCAAUAAUGAAUUAUAAAAGACUUCAAAGAUCUUCCAAGAAGUAGAAAAGAUGCUAGAUGAAGUUAUGGAGAGCCGUGAGGGGGUCAGGUUAGAUAUUGAUAGGUUCUUUGAGGAACUUACAAUGUCUGCUUUUGUAAGGAUUCUGUGUGAUGUGUCUUUAGGGGUGUUGGAGAUGUGGUAAGGGUGAGUAGUGAAGUCACAAGGGAUGUUAAAGAACAUGAGGGUGUUUUCAAAGAGGUUGUAGAAAGUUUAUAGGCCUCAAGGAGUCCUGGAGGACACUUAAAGCCUUGAGAAUCUAGCUUAGAUCAUUGGUGGUCUUAGAGAAGAAGAAUGGAUUGCACAUAAAGAUGUGGGGAGUCUUGAGGAGGUUGUGUGAGAUACUGUUAUUGACUUUUAGAAAUUCAUAGUGCCCUUAAGGCUGUUGUUGAACCUGCCAUUUUUUAAAACCCUGAAAAGAUUCAAGGAUAGAUUUUGGAUGGCCUUGAGGGCGUUUAGGUACAAUGUUCAGCUUUGUAAGGUUCUUGGAAGAACCUGCAGUGUCACCUUAAGGUGUUUAAAAGCCUGUCUGAAGAAGAUUUAAAAGCUCCUGACGGUGUUUUACGGGUCAAAAACGAGGUUUUAAGUAUCUUGAAAACACAUUUGGAGAAGGUUAUGUAAAGAGGGGUAAGGUUUAAAAAGAAAAUAUGAGAACCUCUAUUGAAAAACACAUACAUACUGUAACUUUUUCAUGUCCUUUCACCAACAUCAUUUGAGAAACACUGCUUACAUAACAUGUCAGCGAGCACUCAUAGACUGUAAUGGGCCCCUAUGGUGUCUGUGUGUGGGUGAAACUGUAUAAUUCACAGACUGGACAUAAAAACCUGUCCAACAAGUCAGAAAAAUAUCAAAGUAGGGAUCAAGUUUACAUGGUGUUAUAGAUCACACACUUUACUUAUCUCAAACCCUCACCUUGUUAGGACUCUAAAUCUGCAUAACCACCUGCUUACUGUCAAUAUAUGUGAUAAUUCUUAUCACUCUAAAUAAAGAUAAAAACUAUAAUCGAAAUUUAAGAUGAUUUUAAAGAUUUUUAAAUGCCUUUAACUAUAGUCCCUCUGAUUCCUCAGUCAGUUAAACACCCAUGGAAACAGAUUCUGAUUGGCCUACUUGUGGUUAAAUAGUUAUAGUGGUUAUAGUUAAAAUAAGGCCGAGUCAGAGCAUAUUCACAUAAAACGUAAUAAUCCAUUUCAAACACUAGCAUGGUUGUCAUUUGAACAUUUCCACUUAAGGUAACUUUAGACACGGACUUCUGCAACAGCACUUCAGUACUGCCACAACUUCCUCCUUUUUAACCUUUGUUUAUUUGAUCUUGUGCAGUUUCAUUUGUUUCGGAAGAACAAAUGUCUGAGUAUAAUACGGACAAGGCAAGUGCUAAAAAAUAACUUUCGUAGAUGUAGCCAUCUUGUUUCCGCCUCCGAUUUUGCUUUUUUCCAACUUGGUAACUGAAACGCUGGUAAGUCGGGUGUGACGUCAUUUUCAGUUCCAACAUCUGACUUCCGAGGUAACUCGAACGCAGCAAAAGAAAGGAAGUUAAUUUCACAAUAACCAUUCUUAAGAGGUUUUAAGUAGCAAAGGUUCCUUUAAAAACACUUGGAAAAAAAACUUUUAUGAGAGCAGAUGCAGAUCAAUGGAGUUAUCUGUCUGCUCAUCUCUAUUUCAGAUUAUAACUAGAAAAGCACUGGGAGAGCGCAGACCUCCGCCAAGCAGCUCAUGUCCCCCCUUAAACAAGAAAUGCCCUGAGCGGGAUUCAAACCCAGGACCUUCUGGUUGUGAGGCAACAGUGCUAACCACUACACCACUGUGUCGCCUAUCUACACCACUGUGCUGCCCAUUGCAUAUCUUUCAGCAUUGACAAUUCCAACGACACCUUUAUUUUUGUGUGUUCUGGAUCACAGUAUCCAGAAUUUUGUAUGGAUCACCACCAAACUUUAAUGGGAUCGUCCUGGGGCUGAUGAAAAUUUCGGGUCAAUCCGUCUGUUACUUCCCCCGUAAAGUUGCUAACAGACAAACAAACCAACCAAUGCUUCCUUGGCGGAGGUAAUGAAAAGGCAGCCAUGUUUCUCUGUAUUUGUGUAUCAGUUUAUUUGACUGGGAAAUUGGCUCCUUUACAUAUGUCCCCUCAUUCAAAACCAUCCCCAUACUUUUGUUGUGUCUUUCAGAAUAUUUUAAUACUGUUUUUUAAAGAUGUUUCAGACAUAAGCUCAUUGAAUAUACAAAAUAAUCGAUCUUAAAUUCAGUGAGAUGGUAACCAACAUUCAGAACUGAAGCUCUAUUUGAGAUCGUGCUACCAGCUGGAGCAACAAGUCAAUGAUAAAUUGUAGACUGUGACGUUAACCUGUUUGUUAACUCGUCUCAUCACUCAGUGGCUGACAGUGUUCCCGGCAGUAAUCACAGAUGAACACGAGAGGUUUGAAUUCCUGAACUGAAAAACGUCGACAGAAACACGUGCAGAACAAACAGUACAAAUGAACACAACUAAUGAUGUGCGCGUCUGUCUGCACGUGAAGAGGAAAAAAUCAAAAUGACAUUUUCCUCUUUGUGUCCUCAGACUGAAGUGUGCUAUCGUAAUUAAUCAGUUUCAUUCAGCUGAGGAGUUUAAUUUGAAAGUCACCCUCCACUUCCCCAGUUUCUGGAUGAGCGCUCCUCUUUCUAUACAGCUGUUAAUGCUCUGAUCUCACUUCCCAGCAUCCCCUGCUGCAGAUAAUUACUUUUUUUAUGAGUUCGCAGCCAUCCUCAAACACACAAAAGGCUUUAUCAAGCUUCCGUUUCAUUUCCUCCCCACACUUUAUUGUUCCAUUCAGACGCACUGACACAGGACUUUAACCCACCAGAUCUUUCAUUAUUGAUUCAUCUCCCAAUUACUUUCACUGCUAAUCGACUGUGCUGCUGCGGGAUUAGACUUCAAUGUGGAAUCAAACUCUUCCUAAAGAUUUUUCAGCAUCAUUAAACUCUGGUUUCUCCUGCCAACAGGUGCAGCGAUGUUGUAUCCUCUCCUCCUCUUCCUCAUCCUUCCAUGUGCUUUGACGUUGGAGCUUCGAUAUCACAGCAACCGAGAGAUUGAGCAGUACCUCCUCCAGUUAAACGCCUCCAACCCCGACAUCACAUACCUGUACAGCAUCGGCCAGUCUGUCAAUGGUAACUACAUUCCUCAGUCUACUGCAGCUUCUUCCUGGUUUAAAUAAACGCUUCUGAAGAUGUAAAUUGUUAGAUUUGCAUCUUCGAGAAUCACAUUUCAGCCACCACAGUCAGGGGCUGCAUUCCCAAUCCUUAAAUGAUAGGGUCCAUGUGUCAUACUUGUGACUCCCUCCCUGGUAAUUACAAGAACGAUCUCAUAAUUGUGAGCUGUGGUAACAGGUGCGACACUAUCCUCUGUUACCUGUUUAAGAACUCCAGCUCUGACACCACUGAAAACAUUUAUAUCACACUUUAAAUCGAAAGCCCCCAGACUGAUAUUUAUGCUCAGCUACCGCACAGCCGUGUAAUGUCCCCAAUGAUCCAACAACCCCCUUGAUGCCAGCUCCCAAAGGCUGCCAUAUCCAAACACCAACAUGCACAAGGAAAGGAAAAAACUAGAGAUUACUACAAUUAGAGCAAGUGCAAAAAGGCUGUUCAGUCCUGAGCACACUCCAACCAGGACAUGGUGUACACUCUACCUCCCCUGUUUUAAUGAGAAGAUGAGAGGGGGAGAAAAAAUGAUAGGAGCUAAUAGAGUGAAAUGAUAAAGAAGUAAAGGAAGGCAGAGUCUGGGAGGGACGGCUUUCUGGACUUGGAAUCACCCUUUACAGGAUAGACUGUACACUCCACCUCCACUUACACUUCUUUUUCUCAUCACAGAGGAAAGAACAGAAGACAGAGAAAAUAGGGGUAGACUCUGUGAAUGUUGGAGAGAUAAGCAGACACAGGGUGAGAAACCUGUUUGGACUGGUGCUCACUCUUUCCAAGUUAGACUGUACACUCCACCUCCACUAACACUCCUUUUUGUCACCACAGAGGAAAGAACAGAAGACAGAGAAAAUAGGGUAGACUCUGUGGAUGUAAGAGAGACAAGCAGACACAGGGUGAGAAAACUGUUUGGACCGGUUCUCAAUCUUUCUAAGUUAGGCUGUAUGCUCCACCUUCCUUCACAAGUGUUUUUUUUUAUUUUGAAGAAAGAAGAAAGAAAACAAAGAAAUAGAGUAGAGUUUGUAAAUAAAUGUAAAAGAGAAUAUAAGAAGGGAAAUGCAAGGGCAAGAAGGGGCCAUAGAGUCCCCCUGCAGAUUUGGGUGUACACUCUACCUCCCCCGUCUUCCUCCCACUUAGAUAAGCGUAAAGACACAAGACAAGAUAGACAUGUUGCGAAGAGGUUUUUAUGUUUUGUUUUUUUUUUUGCAGUUGAACUUUUCCUUUUUAGUUCUAAAAUAUAUGAAUUAAUACUUUUGAGCCCGUUUAUAAUACAGAUCCACAUACUCACAUAUACAAGAGGUACGACACAGGAUAAGGGCCACAUUAGGGGGAAAAAAUAUAAGACUUGGGGGAUCAAGUUGCGAAUUUACAAGAAACAGGUCCUAAUUUUAAGGGAAUUAAUUUGUGUGUAAAAAAAAAUAGUACUUUUUGGUGAACAUACUUCAAAUUUACAAGAUUAUGGUUGUAAAUUUACAAUACAGAAGCUGCACUUUUAAGAGGUUGAGGUCAUAAAUUUACAAAGAUAAAAUAAAAUCUAUAGGACAGAGGUCGCCUACUCUGUAAGUAGGCUACAAGAACAUGUAGGGUAAAAUCAGGGGAACAGCCAGCCACCUGCACUACAAUAAGGAAUGUGGAUUAUCUGCUGAAGUUAAAGACAACAGCUGAGGACAAACACCGGCUCCAGAAGUCAGUACAGACUGCUUAUUAACCCGUCCUUUCUCACAACAGACUCGGUAAUCCGGUUAUUUAUGAAACCCAUGAUGAAAGUAUAAUAUUUUGUCAUACAUAAGCACUUGAUCCUUAAAUUUGUUUGUCUUGAGACUCUUAGAUCUUUAUGACUUUACAUUCCUUCUUACCAUUUAUAAUGCAAACUUACUAAUCGACUGUCUGUGUGACAUUAUUUAGCAGAUCAGAGCAGGCUAGUGUUGCUGGGGCUGCUCAGUUAAGAUCAUAAUCAUGAAUACUUUUAUCGAUACUGAUAUCACUGUAAUUAAAAAACCAUGCAAUAAACAUCCAACAAACACACUCUAAGAUCUAAGGGAGAUAUUUCAAGUGAAUAUUUUCCAGCCGAGGGGGAAACAUGUUUAGAUAAAUAUUUAAUUUGAAAUGACUUUUUCCUGCUGAUACUUUCUUUAUUUGUGGUGAAAUAGGCAGAAUAAUAUCCAAUGUGCAUCGCAUCUUUAAUCGUCUUUCUGCACAUAAUUUCUUACAUGUAUUAUUGAUGUUAUGUAGUUCCACAUGCAUGGUAACACAAACUGUGCUCAUCCUACAUUGAAGCUCCUGACUUAAUUCAAGCUCCUUUGCCCACGCGCUCACGCACGGGAUGAUAGUUGAGUGCUACAGAAUCAGGAGGAUAUUGGUCACUAGGGCAACCAUGACACACAGUGACUAAGUGUGUAUGUGUGUGUAGGUGCAGUAUGAUCACAUAACUGGACUGUAAACGGUCGUUAAUUAUAUCUGGGACGGAUUAACCUGGCUAAUCACUCACACACACACACACUCACACACACAACGAGCUAAUCUGGGCUAAUCUAGUACACCAGCUGGCUCGAGUCCAACAUGUGUGUGCAUGCGUGUGUGUUUGUGUGUUUCACCCUGUCUGCCUGCAGCUAAACAUCAUCCCUCAGUCUGAUGAGUCGUUCACUCUGGUUUGUAGUGUGUGUGUUUGUGUGUGUGUGUGUGACUUGCUGAGGCUUGCAGGGCUCCAUUCAUUCAGCAGCAGCUCUGACAGUCAAAAUAGUUACAGUAUUUGUGUAUGGAUGGAAACUUAAGCUCAUUAAAAAUCUGCAGCAGAUGAAAAUAAAACUAUAAAUCCUCCAGUCGGCCUCUCUUUCUCCUCAUAUAAUCUGAUAACAGGAUGAAUAAGUUAUUAUCUCUAAUUCAUUAGUUCCCUCUAAAAACACUUUCCGCUGCUUGAUGAUGUUAUUCUUGGCGACGAGGGUGUAUUGGUCUUGUGUUGGUACCUCUUUUAGUUCAGGCUGUAUUUUAGCAAAAGAAGGAGAUUACACAAUGAGCUCUGUGCGGCAGUGUGAGGUGAAAAUCAUUGGUAGAGUUAUGUAUGGUUAAGGUGCAGUCAAUAAUUAAUGACCCUGUGUCCAAAUCCUGAAUACCCAAACACUUUAGGCAACUUUUCAGGGUAAAUAUUAGCUUCAAUUUGAGUUGAGUCAUGGAGUUAACCUUUGGAAACCCAGAGAAUCAUGUCGGAGCGCUAAAUUUAUUUUUUAGUGAGUAAAUUCUGUCAGUAAUGGAUGGUGUUGUCAGGAUCUGGUCAAAUCUCCAACUGCAGUAAAUUCAGAAACUAAAAUUCACUCCGUCAUCCUGAUAUAUAAAUCCUGUUCACUCUCUGCCUCUCUCUCUCUCUCAGGUCAGCAGCUGUGGGUGUUAGCCCUCGGUCUCAGCCCUCGCAAUCACACCAUCGGCAUCCCAGAGUUCAAAUAUGUGGGUAACAUGCACGGAAACGAGGUGAGAGAACACACACAUUCACACACAUUUGAACCCACGCUCACGCACACAACGGGACUCCUCCCUUUAAACAGGAAGUGGGACUAAAAAGAGACUAAAGAGAUCAACAAAAGGCAUUCAGAGUCAAACACACUCUGCGCACACUUUUGUAUUCAGCUGACAGCAGGCUGUAUAAGUGUGUGUGUAGAUUUGUGUAGUUCCAGUUGCAAACAUUGAGUCAACAUUGAAAUAUUUGACCUUAUUGAUAAACAAAUCAUUGCAAACUGCAGCAAUAACCAACAGAAGGGAAUCAGUGGGGACAGUUGAUUGUAGUUUACAUGUAUUGUGUUGGAGAGAUAAACCUUAGUCUGAGUUAAAAAUCGAUGGUGUUUAAAUCUGAUUUCAAGAGGACAAAUUCGCUGCAUCAUCUCUUUCAAGAAGUGUUUGGAAAUGAUAUAAUUUAGUCUCUGAUUGAUAGAUCUAAUAAUGCUCAAGAGGAGCUGUUUUCCAGCUCCAAAACAGCUAAAAAUGUGCUUUACAUGGAAAAAAAAUCAAUGUCAUCUGCUCUUGCACUAACAGCGCAUCACAGCCUUGCAUUGAUUUCUUUAAAGCCAUGGUUGAUGAUUGGAGAAGAAGUUAAUAAAAAAACUGAGCCACUGAGGCAGAUUUGAAAAAAAACAUCCCCCCACACACAAACCUCUGCCCCCUGUGCUCCAUGCUAACUCCCCCCCAAACCUGUAUCACCCUCCCUACGACAGACCCCCUCUGGCAGAGCCGGCCGGCAGACUAUCCAACGCUAGCUUCAAAUAGGAUUCACCAUGUCGGAUUGCUUGUGACUAGCGGCAGUAAACACCAGCUCUGUUCGCGAGCACCGUCUGCAGCUGCCUGGACAGCUACCGUGUUGACAUUACAGAGACUAAUAAGACUUCUUAAUAAGAGUAAUCGUGGCGGAGCUUUCUCCACCGCUCGAAGAAUGACCCGAUGUUUAUUCGAGUUAGAUUCCUCACUUGGUCACAUUUCCUCUUCGUCUCUGCCCUUUCUUCUGUCAGCUUGCGUUUUCUUCCCACUUUGGCGGUUGGGCAAGCAGAGAUCGCACUAUAGGACCAUGAUCUCCAUAUGAACGAGGUUCAUAAUAAUUACCAAUCUCUCCAAUCGUCAACCAUGCCUUUCAAAUGAGAUAUAUUUCAUUGUCUUAAAGGUAGAUAAGUUACUUUAUUGUUAACAGACUGAUGAUAAUUGAUAAAGAAAUGGUUACUUAAACUGGUUACUCUUACACUUCAGACCCCAUUAUGCACAUUCCAGCUCUCUGAUUGGUCAGUUUUAAUUUGACCUUUUUUCCUUGAUUCAACCCUCAGCUCCGUUUGGUGUUAAAGGCUUUGUGUAUUUGCUAAGAGUUAGCAUGCUAUUCACUGUAAGAUGUUGCACAUGGUAAACAUCCAGGUCAGAAUGGAUUGCACCUGUGCUGAUAUGUAGGGCACAUCUGGAUGCCCAUCUGGGACUCUACUAACCAUACCCCCAGUUCACAAAAAGCCCCCACAUGGGAUAACCCAGAUUGGGUGAUGGAGGGAAGUCCCUUGAUGGGUUGCAUACAGGGUUCGUAAUGUACAUCAGUAAAGCUUUAUUUUUGUGGUGCAUUCAAAGCACUGUGAAGCAAUAAUUAAAACAUGAAUAAAAACAAACUAAAUGUUUCAACGCAGCCCCAUUGGGACCCAUUCAAUACGAAUGUCAACUGAUAUCCCCAUUUCUAGCCCAUCAAUGUUCUUCGCUGUUGCCCAUUUGGGGCACAACAACAGUCCUGUUCAAAGCUCAUUUAAGCCUAUGCAUAGAUGAAGUCCACCCAACACACACACACACACACACACACACUAAUGAACCAAAUAUUUGGGGUCUGGUUCCCCUCCACAGCUCCUCUGAGGAUGACAUUAUCAACUAAAACCUUAAUGAACCAUUGUGAGAAACCUUAGCACGAUGCAACCCAACUUUUUUAAAGUUUAAACAAUCCUUGGUGGUGCCCUGGACAUGAACUUGCCCCAGUCUUGCUUCCGGUUCUAUCUUUGGUGCUUCCUUCCCUGCUGGAUUUAAAUUGGCCAUCCUCAGUUUCUCAUUAAACUCCCUGCGGAUUGAGCUGCUGCCUCCCCAAACGUCGAUGUUUGGUGUCUAAACUGGUGUCAGAACUUUGAACUUGUCACUUCCUGUAGCACUUCAUCAGAGGGAUUGGGAACGGAUGAUACAAAGUGAAAUUUGGCUGCUAAUGUGGGAUCUUUGUUUGUUUGUUUGGACUCCUGCUGGAUUCCUCAGACUGUGCAGAAGCUUUUCUUUCUUAAGGAUAACUGAGGGGAGGAGGAUUUCUUUUGUUCCAGGAAGUAACAGUCAAGCUCUGCUGGUCUUGUGCUGCAAAUUCAGUAUUCGUGGUGUUAUUAGUGAUGACACAAAGACGCAAAAGCGACAAAUGGAUGAUUCUGAGAUCUGUUAAAGGGGAAAGAAAAGCCGCAGACGCGUGAAACAGUCCAUAAAACAUCACACAAACUGUAAUCUAAAAUAAAUCACAUAAUAUAAACAGAUGGAUUAGGAACAAAGCAGGGAGAACUGUGCAAAGGAAACUCUCAGCGACCUCUGACCAGCAUCUGGUUACCGUGGCAACUGCCUACAACAGCUGACCGCACACUGCAUAUGUGUGUGUGUGUGAAAGUAAGUGGAAAUGUCCUUAAAUAGACAAGUCACGCCCCGACACACACACACACUUACACACACACCCAGCAAACAGAGUCAGUGGAGUGUGUCGGGUCAGAGGAAACUUCUAGAAAAAGGCCUUUCAUAGAGUUCACACACACACACACACACACACACACACACACACACCCACACACACUUAAACACACAGACACUCUAACAGCAGGAAUGGAGCCUCGCUGAGAAGUUUGCUGUCAUAUAAUUGAAUAUUUGAUCAUCUUUGGACGAUUAUCAGGACGGAUAUUAGCAUUUGGCCGAUAAUCAGAAUCAACUUUUUGUUCUACAGAAAGCUGUUAAAAAUUUUGCCACUAGAAAGAGUGUUAACUGUGGCUCCUCUGCCAGUGUGUCCUCCACUCUUUUCCACCGGUGUGGUCCUGGUGCUGGUUCAGAUCGUGAACUGCCCACAGGCAAGGGCUCCAAAAGAGCCAUGUCAUCAUGUCACUGCAUACGUAUCUAAGUACCUAUCUUAUUCCUACAUACUUGCUGCAGAAUUUAAAACAAAAAUAACCAUAAGAGUCUGAAUUUAAGACAAACUAAGACUGAUUUGCGCGAAAUGGAUUGCUUAAAUGUUUUUGCAGUCUGUGAAUUUGCUGUCAGAGUUUUAGGCGUGAGUUUGUUUGGACAAAAACUUUACAAAUCACCUGGUGUUACUGUGGUACGUUCGUUUGUUUAUUUGUUUUUAUAACCUUGUCGUUUCAGUAUCGAUGGACUGGCAAAACAGGUAUAUUGUUUUGGUUGUUGCCAGUGUUUUUUCAGUGUGACUUGUUGUAUAACCAAAGAAGUUGCACGUUAGGUACAGUGCUCACGACUGGUAUUGCAGAUUUACACAGCUGUCUAAACUAAAAGCUAUUAUAGUGAACAGUUUAGAAAGUAAUCCAGUAGAAUAAUUACCAAGGGACAAGAAAAGUCUACUCAGAGCGUACAGCAUUCAGUAUUUAAACAAUAUUUAAACAUAGUGGUUACCCAAGUAAUUACUCUUUUAUGGCCAUCGUUUUAACCCCCAAAGGAUGUGCAAACUAACUGAAGGAGUCAUUUAUGUAAGCACUUAUUGUGAAUAAAAUAAACUGGACACCAUCUGAAGGCAGCAUUAAGUAAUUUGAGCUGCGUGCUGCCUUUAUCGUGGUCAAAAUAUCCAAAUAACUGCAGGAUAGAUUGCUACAUAGUGAGUGUGGAUGGUUAUAGGAAGUUGAACCCAACUACUCCAGUGAGUCCCAGUCUCUUUUGUUUGCCAACAUGACCUGGUCAAAGGUUUCAUUCUCUCAUUGACACGAACUGAACUGGAAAUUCAACAUGCAUUGUUUCUAGAGGGUGGAUCUGGUGAAGGUUGGUACCAGAUUAAUACUAAUCAUAUUAUGACUGUAAUGUUUCCUUGUCCACAUACUUUUAACCGUUUGGUGAGUUCGUGGGGCACGCCUGUUUCCUCCUACGUGAACUCUUGUACAUUUGUUGGUGAAAACAGCCCAACGUACAGUCCAAAAAUAAAAAAGUGUGUGCAUGCUUUUGGAUGACACGCCUAGCUUCUGUAUCCAGCUCCAAAUAGGAAACCGUGCUGAUUGGCAAAAAAGCAACACAGGAAACAAACAAGAUGCACUGUGUUGCAGAAAUCAAACCGCUAGAGGUAAAGAAAGAGAUCAGAUUGGGUGAGGCCGCAUCUGUCAUGAUUGCUCAGAUGAGGAAACAUUAAUUUGACUCAGACAGGAUUGCGUUCAACUGGUAUCGGGAAUGCAGUUUGGCUUGUUGGGGAAAAAAAUUACCUGAGCUUUCAUGUGUUUGUCAGCUGAUAUCACUGAUCUAGAGUUCGCUUGGUGCUGCCAACUCAAACAGAUGUCUUUCAGGACUGUUUAAACAACACUGAUUUGAAUUUAAAAAGAGACACUGCUCGUUCCUUUCACACAUUAAGCAAACAGUCAGACUGCUAAUUUUAACCUUUCUGUAAUCAGCUCACAUCACUACCGCAGCUCCUCCAACACGCUUGGAUUCACUCAGAGGUCUGUUGGUGAUGUUAUCUGCUCUGGAGCUAUGUGGAGUUAUCAAGCUAAUUUGCAUUUUACUCAGCUCUCAAUGCAUAUUUGUAGCCAUGACGAUGCCCAAUGGAAGUUCCAGCCACUGCUUCACUUUGGAAAUUAUAUCUAUUAGAAAGAUUGCCAUGAAUUUUGACAGAAAUUCAGGAUUUCUGGAAAAUAAAUCCUAAAAAUUAAUACUGAUUGAUUAUGCAGCUCAACAACAGGUUUCACAUUCCUUGUUUUGCGUCAAAUGUCUCUGCAGCUUUUAGAUGGAAAACCAUGAAAUUUUGUCCGGAAACAAAAGGUCCCUAGAAGUUACACCGUUGUGAUUUGGCACCACACUAGGAUUCAUAUUUGUGGCUCUGAGUAAAACAGAAUGUCAUAGAUACAUGCAUGAUCACAAGAGGAUGACUACUGUGAAGUUAUCACUUGAAUUAUCUUAAUAUACUCAUAAACAGUCACGGUCCCAAGAGGAUAAAUCAUCAAGAGGUUUUCCUGACCUUAGCUGUCACAAAAAAAAAUCAAUAAUUUUAUUUGUCAUUUGUUGUUUUGAGCAAAAUGUCUCUAGAGCAUUAGAUGGACCCAAUUCUAUGCUAUGGGGCACUGAUAUUGAUGUCCCCAGAGGAUAGAUCCUAAUGACUUGAUCCUGUCUUCUUAUUUAGCACCACAGGAAGGUUCACACUUGUGGUUCUGAGUAAAAUUAUUUUUUAAAGUGACUUUCAUGAUCACCAGAUGACUAAAAAACUGAGGCUAUCUCAACCUUAUCAUAUGUAAGUAAUAUAUAGACAGUCAUGGUCUCAAGAGGAUGAAUCAUCGAGACUAUAUGGACAUUUACUGUUGUACCAAAUCUAUAAUUGUGGUUGUUUUGGGUUGAAAAGUCUUCAAACUAUUUUAUUUUAUAGUAGCAGUAAAUUGUCUUCAAAAGUGUUUAGUGGGUUGCCAUGACAUGCUGCACUGGCAUUCAUGUUCACCUGAAGAUGGAUACUUUUACCGUGACUAUAACACUACAAAUGAGGUCCGUACUGUAUGUUGUUUGGAUGAAUAUAUCUCAAAAACAAUUUGAUAGAUUUUUGUGAUAUUCAUGAUCUCCUGAGGAAUUUAAUGACCUGAUACCAGCUCUCCUUUUUGCACAACAGAGGAUUUAUAAUUGUUUUAUUUGGUGAAAUAUCUCAAAAGCUACAGUGCAGUUUAUACACUAUCAUUCAUGGUCCUCAGAUGAUGAACACUCUUGACUUGAUUCCAACUAUUCUUGGUUCGUUACAGUUAAUAUUGAGGUUGUGAGUAGAUCGAUUUUGGGUGUGAUUGCAAGGUUUGUUUCCUGGUAAUCAUAGUCCCUGGAGGAUGAACGACAUCUCGAUCCUGUUUUUCCCUGGUCUCAGCACAGUGGGUCCACAGUUUUGGUUUGGAACGAUAUAUUUUCAGAAAAAUGACUUGCAGUAAAACUUUGGGUUGACGUUCCUGAAUCCUCAGAGGAUCCCACUUUUUCCUGUUGUGCCAUGAUAAGGUACAUAAUUUGUUUUAAAUUGGGAAAUGGGUGGUCAUUGGUUUUACUUUUUACAAUCCUCAUGACCUGGUCCUGGUUUUCUGUUGUCUUUGAGUGACGUUCAACCUGUGGUUUUCAUUGUCUUUUAACUCUGGAUGGAUUGUCAUGAAAUUUGGCACAAAAACAUGAGCAUAAAUUCCCGAACAUGGGCGAUGUUGAUUUGGGUUUUGUAGAAUUGAUGAUAUAAAGAAAAAUAAAACAUCAGGAGGUUCAUCAUCAGGAUGUUCAUUAUCAGAAGGUUCAGGUCACAAGUUUAGGAGUACAAAUCAUGUAUUGUGCAGUGAUGGCUGAAGAGAGAAGAGAGGGAGGCAGUUAAGACAAGUAUUGGAAGAAAACAGAAUGAUGGCCUGAGGCUAAGCUAGUCCUGACGUGUGUAGAGCAGCUGUAUACACACACCUUUCCCACCCUUCUCUCUUUCUCCCCCCUGAGGCUCUCAUUCAUUCACAAAGUUUUUUUUUUUUUUUACUCUCUCCCCGACCAUCCAGUCAGCCUGUCUCCCUCAGAAAAACAGACUCUGACUCGUCUCUGGAUCACAUUUGUAUUUCUCGCUGACUCACAACAUCACUUCCUCCCCCGCUGUUCUCUAUCAUGAGGGAACAUGCCGGCCUAUCGAGCCAAGCCAUGUAGCUAAAGAUCACAUAAGUGUUGAAAAUGACUAACUGUGACACUUGGAAUCAAGGGUUAGAGGUAGUUAUGGUUUCUGUUCAGUGUCCAGCACCAAAUCCCAUUCAACUUUUGACCAAUUAAAUUGUUUGAACACCUCAAUAAUCCUUUUAUACUGUCUCAUUUAUAACCACAGAUCGUAUUCGGUUUACACACUGGGUAUCAUUUUUUAAUAACUUAAAUUUCAUUCUGUUUUUAGGCUCUCGGGCGGGUGGUGCUACUACAGCUCAUUGACGACCUGGUGCAAGGUUUCCGUAACAAGGAAUUGUGGUCAUUGCAGUUACUGAACAGCACGCGCAUCCACAUCCUCCCGACCAUGAACCCCGACGGCUACGAUUCAUCCAACACAGACUGCACAUAUAGCACUGGCAGGUACUAGUACACACUUUAGCAAGCUGUUAUUCAGUAAUUUGGCAAGUGUGUCGUAUGUGUUGUCACUGAUGUCUGCUCUAUUUCGUACCAUCUUUGCUGCUGCUCUCGCUGCCUAAAAUUUUCAUAAUAUUUUUCCAUGUUUGAGGGAAAGCAGGUGUUCUCCUUGCCUCAGGCUUUGGCAUUCCACCUAACCGAGUGAAAGGGCAGGAGACUCUUAGAACAGAGCCAUACAACUAAGAGGCCAUACCACUAGUAUUACAUUAUUAUGUAAUGUAAUAUUGCGUGUGAGAGAGCCAGCCUAUAGUGGAUGGACAGUUGAGGAAACUGCGGUUUUUUACACUUCUGCAUUUCAGUAUCUGUGAUUGCUGCUUGGUUAAGAGUCUGGUGCGAACAUUUGUUAUGCAUGAGCAGUUUGAAAGACAGCUGGGUUUGCUGUACUGCAGCUGUUUUACAGGUGGUUGAACUAUGGCUUUGUCUCCACCUCUUUUCUAACUUUUAAAUUAGAUUCCAAAUUUCCUUUUCUGAAAAAAGAGAAAUUUCACCACCAUGUUUCACAGCAUCUAUGGUGCAAAUAGCAGCCUUUUUGUUUCUGCAUAACUUCAUACCUUCAAGACUGCUCUAAGGUAUUUUAGAAGGAUUUAAAUUACCGAUGUAGGUCUGCUACUCUCUGAUUAUCAAAAUGUUAUGAAAGCACUUUGCUUUGGAGGACAGGAGCUUACCCUGUUUCUAGAAUAACAGAAGAUAAUAACCAAAGCUAAGAUCCUUUAUCUUUAUGAAAAAAUUGAUAAAAAGGACACAUCACGCUGUUGUGGCUUAAAAUGGUCGAAAAAGGUCCAAAUGGAAGUAUAAAUGUAUAACAAGUGGAACUUAUGGGUAAAUUUGGAUGCAUUUGGACCAAAAACCUAAGGUUACAUAUAUUUUUCUAAUUCAAAUAAUGAGUCUAAAGCGUUAAAACUGCAUAGCUUUGGGUCAUGUGACUACUCUAUAAUCUAAAAAUAUCAGUUUUAUCAGCUUUAGGAGCCUCUUUAUGGUUUAAAAACAGCGUCAUUGCCUUUACUGUCAUGUCAUGAGUGUUUCAAACAGGGUUAAAACCCAUGCAUGUGUCUGUGUGACCGUGUGUGCCAGCUCAAAUGUCAAAACCCUAAAGACUUGAGACGACACACACACACACAUUCACGCACACACAUGUAGUCAACAUGUUGACUAUAGACUAAACUAUGCGACGCUCCAACGCCCAAAACACUCUGAUAGGCAGGAACCCAGACACGCUGCAGAUCUGUAUCUCACACACACACACAUACACACACAGACAUAGAUUACUGUCACAGUAAAAGCCUUUAAGUAUCCAAUUAUAAAUGUUUUGACUUCUGCUAAUGUACCGUAUAUGAGUGUUUUUUAAUGUCAUUGUGGGGACCUUAAUCUGUUCACACACGCUCAUUAUCAGGACUCAAACCAUGAUGGUCCAGACAGGGUUUUAAACACUGCAGUUAAGGGUGUAGAUCAGAGUUAUGUUAAAGUUAAGCAUGUUUGUCUUUGAGGUCGACCCUUUCCACACCGUAUAAGGAAACAUUCCCGUCUCAGCCAAUAAGAUAAGAUUAUAUCUCAAGUUUGGGAUAGAAAUAAAUCAUUUUAUCUUAAUUUUAGAUUUACUUUGACUUUAGUUUACAUUUGUCUUUAUGUAGAUACAAUCUCUUGAUCCUCAGGCUAAAGUACAUAAGCUGAAUUUGUGUUUGCUUUGUAAAAAAUAAGAUCUGUUAGGUCUGUUUCAUAACUCCUAAAAAAACCCUCACAGGUGCUUUAAAUUUAAAUGCCUGCAUGUCUCAAAAAGUUGGGAAAGGUGGGAUAGGGAGGCAGCAAAACACAACAAGUUGUGUAACAGAGAGCCGCGGGUACAUCUACAAACUAAUGAGGUUAAUUUCCAACAGGUUGGUAACAUGACUGGAUAUAAAAAGGACACUCAGAGAGGCUGAACUAAGUUACUAAAAAAUUGUGGAUUUCAUCAUCUCCAGUACAUAUUAUCAUGAAAAGAUUCAAUCGGAUUACUGGAUGACACCAUUGUAUUAAAAACAGGCAAUACUCUGUCAUGGAAAUCACUGCAUGGGCUCAAAAUAACAUCUUAGUCUGUGAACACAGUUAGUUUCUGUAUCCAGAAAUGCAGGUUUGGCUGAAUGGUUACAUUUCAUGACACGUUUACUGUUAUCCUCAAAGUCAGAGUCAAAGUCUCAUCCCACACCACUCUGAUCAAAUCUCAUAGUGUCAAAGUUACUAUGUGCUUAUGCUGGUGACCUGUGAUGUCAGCCGGCCAUGUGAUCGUACGCAUCUUAAAGCCCCUCGCUCCCCUUGGUUGUUCUCUGCUAAGGUCAACCCUCUCUUAACUGUCCUCUGUGGAGUUAAAUGGAAUUAAGUGUCUUCUUCAUAAAUAAAGACACACUCACUUCCUAGAAGGAGGUCACAUGAUCAUGGGAAACUGUUUGUUAACAUAAGUGCCUGGCCCGUGGGAGCCUCGGUAGCAGCUGUUGUUUCUCUCAGACUGACUUAAUACUUUUUCCAUGUGUCUUAUAUGAAAUGUCUAAAAAAAAAAAAAAAGUCUCAAGAGAUGCUUUCAGAUUGACAGCCUAAAAACCAGAGAAAUACCUAGAAGUUGAGAGAUAUAUUGUUUAUUCGAUCAAAUAUACAUAGUCGCCAAAAAGUAACCAAAGUUCCAAAGUCUGACGUGAAUACGUAACAAAUCAUUAAUACUGAAACAAAGACCUUAUAUAUACAUCUAUACCUAUAUACACACACAAAUAUGCACUUUAUAUAUACCUAGAAAACUUCAAAUCUCUCAUUUGUACCAUACCCAUGUACAAUAUAAUAAGUGUGGCAAAACGAAAAUCACUUAAGUAUUUUUCAAUCAUAUUUUGCUUCAAUUUACUUUUUAAACCUAAAGUUAAAAACAUACUGUAGAUCAGUUGAAGUAGGACUUUGCUAUGUUGACCAAAAAACAGCCUUGGAGUUACUCAUUUCCCAGUCAAACUGUUAAUGGUUUUCCUCCAUCCUCUUGUCCACUGCAGGUUUAACGCUAACGGCAUAGAUCUGAACAGGAACUUCCCGGAUGCUUUUGCUGGUCUAAGAAGGAAGCAGCCGGUGGACGAGGAGAAGAGGGAAGCAGAGGUUGGUUCAAGUUCAAGACUAUUUAAAAAAAAAAAUCCUCAUAUAAACAAAGACCACUUCUGCUUAAACAUAGUGUCGUCAUGGUUGUACACCAAACAAUAGAAAAAUAUUGAUAAUGAAACUGGUUGACUGUCUGCUGCUGGUAAGUGGCAUUAGGACAGUUCAAGUAGUGACUGAGGCAUGGGCAGUUUGUGUGAAUAUGAUCAUAUAGAGUUGAGCUACUACAGUUUGAAAUAUCAUAGUGUUAAAUCAUGGCAAAAUUAAAAUUCACCACACAACCAUGACCAUGACCGCUGAUGAAAAAUUUUUAGAUUUUAGCUCACAUCAAGACCAAAAUCUCAAGGAAAUGUUUGCAGAGUUUCAGGCAGAUACAUCCACCGUGCUUGAAGAUACAGCCUAUAGAGUGAAAGCAUGAUAUUUCGUAAAUGGAUGAGUUGGCUAAAAUUGCCACAUUUUAUUUUCAAAGAGUUUCAGUAUGACCCAGAAGUUUUCAGACUUCUUAGGGGAUUUUAUAACCAUAUGAUAUUGAUAAAUAAGUUUUUUUUUUUGCCUUAUUUUUUGAGAAGUAUUAAAUAAUGUGUUUUCAGGUGAGAGCUGUGAUGGCCUGGUUGGAAAUGGAGAAUUUUGUCCUCUCUGCUAACCUCCAUGGAGGAGCUCUGGUGGCCAGUUAUCCUUAUGACAACAGCAACGGAGGUAAACAAAUACUGCAAUACUGUGUCAUUUGGAAAUAAAGGGAAAAAAAUAGAUUAGAUGUUCUGAAAAAGAAAGUAUACGCUCAAAAUAACUCCGUGUAGGGUUGCAUUGUUUUAGAGUGAUGCUCCAGUGACCAUCCAGACAGAAAAUAUCAUCUAACAUCAAAGUUUCUCGCAAAAGUCAACCAGGUGUGCCUGGAUAAACUCGAAUAGUUUUUGAAGCUGUGUAGUUUGACUCUGUUCUGUUUGGUUCAGAGCACAGAGCAGAGUCAGAAGACAUGACUCAAAAGUUUCUCAGACUAUAACUUUCUAAAACAAUACGUCCUUGAAACAGAGACGAAAGUAGGUGGUCCACAACAGCCCAGAGACAGUGUUUGGUUUUCAAAGAUUAGAUUAUGUAAAAGUACAAAGCAGAGACAUUAACAGGAAACAGCCUCUGUACCACCAGCAUCAGACUCAGGACUGUGACAUUGUUGAACAGCGGAGGAUAAAUACACAAAUACAGCUGAGCACUUUGCCCACACACUGCAGUCAGAGAGGCUUUUUGAGGGGUCGAAAUCCCAUUUUUAUGCCUUUAUAAAACUCUAAAUUUGAUCUGAAACAGCCCUGAAGCACAUCUUCAAUAUUAUUUUUACUGGUGAGUGUGUGUAUUUCUACUUAAUCAGACACUCAAAGGCCCUCAGCAUCAGUUAUUUCUCGACACAUUCUCCACAGUCUUGCUCAUGACUGCGGUGAAGACAGAAAAUAUUUCGUUUUCUUCAAGCACACUGUAUCUAAACAGAGCAGAGGCAGCCUCUAGUGCUUGAUGCUUUCUGGCAUUCUGGACCAGAGUUGAGCUUAGGCCACCAACAAACCAUCACAGAAUGUGCAUGCACAUGAAACCAGAGAUUGUAAGCUUAAAGAUAGUAGCGUAUAGGGUGAGAGAAACACAAGCUAACAGGUGUCAGAUGAAGUCCAGUAAAUCACUUGCGCUGUGAUAGCCAAGAAGCAUGGAGGUCCCCUGAUGGAGUAUGUCAGUUAUGGACCGGCAGAGGGUCAUUCAUCUGGAAAAUGGAAGAAAAACUGAACUUGACAGUAUGCAGCUACUCUGAGUUAUACAAUCUGCUGUUAAACCACAAAUAAAAGCAGAUCUUUGAACUUUACGCCACUUAUGUGUACAUUUAGAGGCUUGAAAACUACACAAAACAUGACUCUGGUUUUCUCCGUUACUUGCAGGUGGUGAGCUAGUUAGCGGGGCCAGCGUCAGCCCUGAUAAUGAUGUGUUUGUUCACCUGGCCAAGGUGUACUCCUACAACCACGGCUCCAUGCAUAAAGGUGACCGGUGCUCUGACAGCAGGCCAUUCCUGGAUGGGAUUACCAACGGAUACCAGUGGUACCCUCUGGAAGGUAGUAUCAAAUACAAUAUAUAGCAGAUUCAUCCAACACAAGACACUGAAGGGAAAGUUAAAUUUUAAACCUUCAUCUUUUAUAGCGCAAUAUAAAUGACUCUUCACAUCCAGCUGUAGCUCUUAACGCCUGCGUUUGACAUGCGUUAAAAAUGUUCUUCCGAGAAAGACUUCACUGGAAACCUGCAGAGGAGGAAAUGGAAACAUCCUCCUCUGGUUUCCUGCUGCAGAAACUUGAUCAGUGCAACUCGAUCACCUAAACUUUACCUGAGAGAACUGUGCAAUGCAACAAUGUUUACCUGGGAAAUGUGUCCACUGAUUUACAUAGAUCCAAGUCUAAUUAUAGGAUCGUGUAAAAUGAAUCAUCAUGAUUGACAGGGAUAACUUUUUUCCAUAACCCCCAAAAAUGUGUGUUUUCAGGUGGGAUGCAGGACUAUAACUAUGUGUGGGCUCAGUGUCUGGAGUUGACUCUGGAGAUCUCCUGUUGUAAGUUCCCUCCGGUCAAAGAUCUUCCUGGUAUGUGGACGGAGAACAAGAAGGCUCUGCUGGCCUUCAUCAAGCAGGUCCAUCUGGGUCAGUACAUCUGUCCAUCUGUCAACCUGCCUGUUUGUAUACAUGUAUCUCUCUCUGUCUAUAAACCUGCCUCUCUUUACUUGUCUGUGUUUAUAUCUCUAUCUUUCUCUGUUCACUUGUUUGCUUGUUUUUGUGUGUCAUCACCCAUGCACUCGUCAACCUUUAUCUUAACCUGCCAACACUGAGGAUCAAUAAUUGCUAAUCUCCUGUUUGCACACAGGUGUCAAAGGUCAGGUGCUCAAUGGCUCAGGCGUUCCAGUCCAGAAUGCAGAGGUGGAGGUCAAAGGUCGCAAGAAUCUGUGUCCAUUCAGGACGGACAAAAACGGAGAGUACUACAGACUGCUGCUGCCGGGGAGUUACACUUUUACGGUAAACCACAGAGAAGUACAGCAUCCUCUAGUGGUUGAAUAUAGGACUUCAACUGCCAAACAAAGUAGUUGAUUUCACGUUAUGCAGUUUGAAAAACGUGAUAAAGCUGUUAAAGUUGCUUCAGUGGUACAACUAUCUUUCAAAACAUUGAUUUAUUCAUCAGCCGCAUUUUGGUAUUUUUAGACGUUUGUUUUGCAGACUGUGGAAAUAUGAAGUUGAUUAGAAAACUUUUAAAUUAGCCUUUUUUGAGCCGUGAAAAUGUAUAAAAUUCCCCCCUAAAAAAUUAAAAAAGUAUAACUGAUAAAGGUCAAAUACCUUAACACUGCUGAUUUUUCCAAAUAAAACAGUGCGUGGGAGUUUACUUUUUUUUUGUAAUCUCCUCGCUCCUCUCCUUCUUGCCAGUCCUCUUUUAAAUAGGUUUUCCAAGGUUCUCCUUUUUCACUCACGCAUAUGAAAAAAUCGAACCUUCAUUUUCCACUUGGGCUGCCACGACUGUAAAAUUUAAGAUUAACGUGCAGUUAGUAAGUGGAAAGAACACUUUUUAUCUGUUCAUCAUGUGUUUUUCCCAUGAGGCCAAAAAGUGGAGCAUUCAUUCUCUGCUUUUUUGUACCAUCUGACACAAGUAUGAAGUUUGUCCAGUUCUGCUAGCUGGCUUUACAAAGUUUUCUUUCCUGAUUUUUGUAUCUUUUAAUAGAGCUCAUCUCUUUUUAACACUGACUUUUUUCUGUUCCUUGAUUGGCAGGUGAGGUACCCAGGCCAUGAGGUUUUAACAAAGACUUUGAACAUCCCACAUGGCCCUGAUCAAUACUCCGCCUUGAAACAUGACUUCCAGUUGCGACAGAUGAACUCAGCAAACGGCAGCUCCACAGAUACAGCCAAGCCCACCCAAGGCAUCAUUACUGCUACCGGGGUCUCCAAUUUGACCUUGGCAGGAAGUGGAGCCAUCAGCCGGCAAACAUGGACAAGGAUAUGUUCAAUACUUGUACUAGCGGGAGUUCUGCGAUCCUUAAUCAACUGAUUUAGCCUUGAACCUGUAAGAAGAGAUCACAGAACAAAGACAUGCAGCCCAUUAGAGAUUCCCGAGGAGGCGUUUGAAGCCCAAGUUUUGGGUUUACCACUCGCCAACAGCUUUGUCACCACCAAAAAGUUCUUAAAGAGGGUAAGCAGGCUGGAGUUAGCCCUGGUGACCACAGUGAACUCUUGUCCAUGUGGUUUAAAGACGGUGGUGCCUUCUCAUCUGCAAUCCUAAUAGGAGGCAUGUUGAAACUUGAACAAAACAGAGGUAUUGUUGGUGUUAUUAAUAACACUUUAUAUUUUCCUACUAUUCACAUCAUGAAUAUGUGCAUCAAGACUGCUCCAGCUGGCAAGCUAAGAUUUGGCAUGUUGGCAACCAGGAGCAAGCUAGCUCAUGUGCUAAGAGGUCAGCAAUGGUAAUAGAACAACUUUUGCAUUUGUUCUAUAAGUUUACUCAACAGGCUAUUUAGCUCAAAAGACAUG